GGAGCCUCCCGGCGGCGGCGGCGGCGGCGGCGGCGGCGGCAGCAUGGCGAGCCCUCCCGAGACCGACGGCUUCUCGGACGUGCGCAAGGUGGGCUACCUGCGCAAACCCAAGAGCAUGCACAAGCGCUUCUUCGUGCUGCGGGCGGCCAGCGAGGCGGGGGGCCCGGCGCGUCUCGAGUACUACGAGAACGAGAAGAAGUGGCGGCACAAGUCGAGCGCCCCCAAACGCUCGAUCCCCCUCGAGAGCUGCUUCAACAUCAACAAGCGGGCGGACUCCAAGAACAAGCACCUGGUAGCCCUCUACACCCGGGACGAGCACUUUGCCAUCGCGGCGGACAGCGAGGCGGAGCAGGACAGCUGGUACCAGGCCCUCCUGCAGCUGCACAACCGAGCCAAGGGCCACCACGACGGGGCCGCGGCCCCCGGGGCGGGAGGCGGCGGGGGCAGCUGCAGUGGCAGCUCUGGCCUCGGCGAGGCUGGGGAGGACUUGAGCUACGGGGACGUGCCCCCAGGACCCGCCUUCAAGGAGGUCUGGCAGGUGAUCCUGAAACCCAAGGGCCUGGGUCAGACAAAGAACCUGAUUGGCAUCUACCGCCUCUGCCUGACCAGCAAGACCAUCAGCUUUGUGAAGCUGAACUCGGAGGCGGCGGCUGUGGUGCUGCAGCUGAUGAACAUCAGGCGCUGUGGGCACUCCGAGAACUUCUUCUUCAUCGAGGUGGGCCGUUCCGCAGUGACGGGACCCGGGGAGUUCUGGAUGCAGGUGGAUGACUCUGUGGUGGCCCAGAACAUGCACGAGACAAUCCUGGAGGCCAUGCGGGCCAUGAGCGAUGAGUUUCGACCUCGAAGCAAGAGCCAGUCCUCCUCCAACUGCUCCAACCCCAUCAGUGUCCCCCUGCGCAGGCACCACCUCAACAACCCUCCACCCAGCCAGGUAGGGCUGACCCGCCGCUCUCGCACCGAGAGCAUCACUGCCACCUCCCCUGCCAGUUUGGUGGGCGGGAAGCAGGGCUCCUUCCGCGUCCGUGCCUCCAGUGAUGGCGAAGGCACCAUGUCUCGCCCCGCCUCUGUGGACGGUAGUCCUGUAAGUCCUAGCACCAACAGGACCCACGCCCACCGGCAUCGAGGCAGCUCCCGGCUGCACCCGCCUCUCAACCACAGCCGCUCUAUCCCCAUGCCUUCUUCUCGCUGCUCACCUUCCGCCACCAGCCCGGUCAGUCUGUCGUCUAGCAGCACCAGUGGCCACGGAUCCACCUCGGACUGUCUCUUCCCGCGGCGGUCCAGUGCUUCUGUGUCCGGUUCCCCCAGCGAUGGCGGUUUCAUCUCCUCAGAUGAGUAUGGCUCCAGUCCCUGCGAUUUCCGAAGUUCCUUUCGUAGUGUCACUCCGGAUUCCCUGGGCCACACCCCACCGGCCCGCGGUGAGGAGGAGCUGAGCAACUACAUCUGCAUGGGAGGCAAGGGGCCCUCCACCCUCGCUGCCCCCAACGGUCACUACAUUUUGCCUCGGGGUGGCAACGGUCACCGCUACAUCCCAGGAGCUGGUUUGGGGACGAGCCCAGCCCUGACUGGAGAUGAAGCAGCCAGUGCCGCGGAUCUGGAUAAUCGGUUCCGAAAGCGAACUCACUCUGCUGGCACAUCCCCAACUAUUUCCCACCAGAAGACCCCAUCCCAGUCCUCUGUGGCUUCCAUUGAGGAAUAUACAGAGAUGAUGCCUGCCUACCCGCCAGGAGGUGGCAGUGGAGGCCGAGUGCCCAGCUACCGGCACUCCGCCUUCGUGCCCACCCAUUCCUACCCUGAGGAGGGUCUAGAAAUGCACCCCCUGGAGCGGCGUGGGGGCCACCACCGCCCAGACACCUCCAGCCUCCACACUGAUGACGGCUACAUGCCCAUGUCCCCAGGGGUGGCUCCAGUGCCCGGCAGCCGAAAGGGCAGUGGAGACUACAUGCCCAUGAGCCCCAAGAGCGUGUCUGCCCCACAACAGAUCAUCAACCCCAUCAGACGCCAUCCUCAGAGAGUGGACCCCAAUGGCUACAUGAUGAUGUCCCCAAGCGGCAGCUGCUCUCCUGACCUUGGAGGUGGGCCUGGCAGUGGCGGCAGCGGCAGCGGUGCAGCCCCUUCUGGGAGCAGCUAUGGCAAAAUGUGGACAAACGGGGUAGGAGGCCACCACUCUCACGCCCUGCCACACCCCAAACUCCCCGUGGAGAGCAGUAGUGGCAAGCUCUUGUCUUGUACAGGUGACUACAUGAACAUGUCGCCAGUGGGGGAUUCCAACACCAGCAGCCCUUCCGACUGCUACUAUGGCCCUGAGGAUCCCCAGCACAAGCCAGUCCUCUCCUACUACUCCUUGCCAAGGUCCUUUAAGCACACCCAGCGCCCGGGAGAGCUGGAGGAGAGCGCCCGGCACCAGCACCUCCGCCUCUCCUCCAGCUCUGGUCGACUCCUCUAUGCCACAGCGGCAGAAGAUUCCUCCUCCUCCACCAGCAGCGACAGCCUGGGCGGGGGAUACUGUGGGGCUAGGCUGGAGCCCAGCCUCCCGCAUCUCCACCAUCAGGUCCUGCAGCCCCAUCUGCCUCGAAAGGUGGACACAGCUGCCCAGACCAACAACCGCCUGGCCCGGCCCACGAGGCUGUCCCUGGGGGAUCCCAAGGCCAGCACCUUACCUCGGGCCAGAGAGCAGCAGCCGCCGCCACCCUUGCUGCACCCUCCGGAGCCCAAGAGCCCAGGGGAAUAUGUGAAUAUUGAAUUCGGGAGCGAUCAGCCCGGCUACUUAUCUGGCCCGGUGGCUCCCCACAGCUCGCCUUCUGUCAGGUGCCCAUCCCAGCUCCAGCCAGCUCCCAGAGAGGAAGAGGCUGGCGCGGAAGAGUACAUGAACAUGGACCUGGGGCCCGGCAGGAGGGCCACCUGGCAGGAGAGCGCAGGGGUCCAGCCCGGGAGGGUGGGCCCCGCCCCCCCCGGAGCUGCUAGCAUGUGCCGGCCGACCCGGGCAGUGCCUAGCAGCCGGGGUGACUAUAUGACCAUGCAGAUGGGCUGCCCCCAUCAGAGCUACGUGGACACCUCGCCGGUUGCCCCCAUCAGCUACGCCGAUAUGCGGACCGGCAUCGUUGUGGAGGAGGCCAGCCUUCCCGGGGCCACAGCGGCCGCGCCCUCCUCAUCCUCCACGACCUCUGCUCCCCCUGCAGCGCCUCAAGGAGCAGGGGAGCUGGCGGCCUGCUCGUCCCUGCUGGGGGGCCCGCAGGGACCUGGGGGCCCGAGCGCCUUCACGCGGGUGAACCUCAGUCCCAGCCGUAACCAGAGUGCCAAAGUGAUCCGUGCCGACCCGCAAGGGUGCAGGAGGAGGCACAGCUCCGAGACCUUCUCCUCAACGCCCAGUGCCACUCGGGCGGGCAACACCCUGCCCUUCGGAGGCGGGGCUGCAGUCGGGGGCAGUGGUGGUGGCAGCAGCAGCGCUGAGGAUGUGAAGCGCCACAGCUCUGCUUCCUUUGAGAACGUAUGGCUGAGGCCUGGGGAGCUGGGGGGAGCCCCCAAGGAGCUGGCUCAAGUGUGCGGGGCAGCCGGGGGUUUGGAGAAUGGUCUUAACUACAUAGACCUGGAUCUGGUCAAGGACUUCAAACAGCGCCCUCAGGAGAGACCCCCUCAACCGCAGCCUCCUCCACCCCCGACCCCCCAUCAGCCUCUGGGCAGCGGCGAGAGCAGCUCCACCAGCCGCUCCAGCGAGGAUUUAAGCGCCUAUGCCAGCAUCAGUUUCCAGAAGCAGCCAGAGGACCUCCAGUAGCUCAACUGGACAUCACAGCAGAAUGAAGACCUAAAUGACCUCAGCAAAUCCUCCUUUAACUCAUGGGUACCCAGACUCUAAAUAUUUCACGAUUCACAGCCAGGACCUCACCUUCCUCCUCCGUAGAUGGUACGAUGCAUUCAUUUCAGUUUGUUUACUUUACACAAUCCUCAGGAGUUUGUUAACUGAACUGCACGUUCUCUGUCGUGCCAAGAAAAAAGCACUGUGACACCAGAACAAUGAGUCUGCAUAAACUUCAUCUUCAACCUUAAGGACUUAGCUGGCUACGUGAGCUGACGUGCCCCCCCGCCACGCCACGAGAGAAGGGGUUUACGCUCAUUGCAUUUUCGAGACCCAUUUCAUCUGCUGCUGCAACUGUGUGCGACAAAGCGUCCUUGUAAAUUAUUUCAUACGGAACUGUUCGCGUCGGGUGGAGAGAGUAUUAAAUAUUUAACAUAGGUUUUUGAUUUAUAUGUGUAAUUUUUUUUAAUUAAAAUGUAACUUUUCUUACAGCACAUCUUUUUUUGGGAUGUGGAACUGAGGUAUACAAUGUUCUGUUGUAAAGAGUGGAGCAAAUGCUUAAAACAAGGCUGACAAGAGUAGAAUAGGGUACGAUCCUUGUUUUAAGAUUGUAAUUCAGAAAAAAUAAUAUAAUAAGAAUCAUAGUGCCAUAGAGGGUUCUCAACUGUAUAGUUAUAUUUACUGAUAAUAAUCUUGUCUCUUGUAAUAUAGCCCUGAUGUUGAGCUGAGAUCCUUGCAAGAAUUGAUCUUAAUUUUGUAUUUUUUUUUUUCUGUAAGGCUAUAGGCCAUGUUAAUUAAACUGAAGAAGGCUAUAUUCUGCUGGGUAUUUUCAAGUGUCAGCUUAAAAUUGGCAAUCGAAUGGAAGCAAAAUCACAAGAAAAGGAAAUCAGAGUCUUCCAUUGUAUAUACUGUAAAGAGGAGGAGACAUGGGGGAUCCCUUUGAAUCAAAAGCUCUCUUUGGAAUGAACAAUGUGGGUGUUUGUAAAUUCUGGAAAUUUCUUUCUAUUCAUAAUAAACUAGAGACUGUUGAUCUUUUCUUCUCCCCCUCCCCCCACUUCUCUAAGCUUCCUGUUCUGUUGCCACCAUUUUUUCCCCCAUGCACACGUUAGGAUAUUUCAUUUCCUGCAUUGUCUCAAGAAAGAUGCAAGACAAGUGAGUACUUGUCUUUAAUUUCUAGCCAGAAAUUAAAAUUCCAGAAAGUGUUUUUUUUUUUUUUAUCAUGCCCAGGGCUGCAUGUCACUUUCCUUAAGACUCUUUACUCCUGUUUUUUGAGAACAUCCAGUUUUACAUUAUUUAACUGAGUGGAAUUUGGUCCAUUUGCCCUGGUGGCUACUGGCCUGUUGCUGAUUAGUUAAUAAAACCCAGUGUGCAGAGAGCACAUCAAAGCAUCAUGACCUGCCAUUGAAACAUGCAGCCAGCGGUGAAAAUACUCACCCUUUUCUGGUUUGGAGAGCCCACACAUCUUGGAAUUUUUCCUUGUGAAAAAGAAAUGGCAAGGAAGGUACUUAAAGAAAUUGCCUACGGAGUUUUUCAUUUUUUUAACCAGGAAACUUCCUAAAGCUUAAGUGAAUUAAUGCUAAGAUUGGGCUCCCUCGGAGUCUGGGUAAACUCUCCAUCCGGAAUUCCCAGCCCUGCCGUUGCAAGGAGGGACAUCUUCUUGCCCUGAAGGCUGCAGCUCCCGGGUGGGGGCGGGGCCCCCAGGAAGCGGCCAGGGUUGGGGGCCAUUGCAAUGGCCGCUGCCCCUCACCAACUAGCAGGGGACCCUGUUCCACAAUCCAGGGCGUGGAGCCUAGCAGAACCCCUCCCACUGCUGAGGCCUGUGUUACUGUUAAUUCAGCUGGAUGGCAUGUACCUCACAGUGUUCAUUGUUGCAGAUCCUAGUCAUCUGCAUGCUCAUCAGUUUCUAAAGAUAAAUAGGUCCGUAGUCAUAAGAAUGCAUUGUUUUCAAGGAACUUGCUGAAUUACAUCAUUUCCUAUCAAGAGAGAACACUACCAAUUUAAAAAAUCUGAUAGGAAAGUGUUUUUUUUUUCACUCUUUUAUAAAAAAAGACUUUCUUAGUCAAACUAACUUUCAUUUUUCAAGUAUUCUGACUCAUACUCUUGCUUGUGGAGCAAGAGAACAAGCUGUCCUGCUCUCUUCCGUUGAGGACAUAAGUGGUUAGCGAGAAAUCAAUGAGCAGAAUCCGCCCCAAUCAUUUUCCUGCAAAGGUGGUUAUUACUUCUCUAGGAACCUAAGCCUUGAAUAUGUAUGACCAAGAUACCUCUGCAUGUGGCAUUAUCAGCCUAUUUUGGGUGAGAACAAGAAAUGAACCAGACUGGAAAAAGCAUCUCUUGGUUUCUGUUUCUCUGAUGCUUUGUUGAAGUCAAAUAGCAUUAAGGUAGAAAUUCUUAUUUAAGCUGCUUCUAGUGGUCCCUGAGCUGGGUUUGGGGGUGGUCUCAAACUUCACCCCUUUUUAAAACUGGAAGUUGCUGGUAUUUAAGGCAGAAACUUGUGCUCUGUCUACAUGAGGGGUGGACCCGGAGCAAGGGGUGGACACAGCUGCUAAGCUCUUGUAUUCGGUUCCUCUUAAGGACACUUGCCUUUUAUCCAUUUCAAAGCAUUUGUGGGCCAGCCAAGGGCUUACUUUAAUGGGUCUUCUGGUGGCCUCUGGUUAACCUAUAAGUUAGUGGCUUUUUCUUCAUGAGACCAGCCAUUCACAGUGUUCCUUCUAAGAGACUUAGGCAGAGUUUUAAAAUUCUCCUUUGUGGAGAGAACAAAUAUGUUUCACCACUUUGAUGAUAAUCUUCAUUCUGAGUGAAAAAAAAGUCCCAGAACCAGCUAAAAUGGAAGAGAAUCCAUUAAUGAUCAACCACCUGAGUCAAUAAUGACAGUUCAGUACUGAUGAUACAUUUGUGGCUAUUUCUUGCUAACUUUCAAAGGUCAGGGACUCUCUUGACUAAUCUAGGUUGACUGCAAAAUUGAAUUUUCCAAAAAUCAUCUAGCCAGAAGUAGAGAUUUUUAACUUUCCUUUCCCUACCUCUUGUCUCCUCGCUGUCUUUUAAAUCUGAGACAUUUAAAGUACUAAGCAAUGUUACGAUACUGUAAGAAAUAGUAAUGAACAAUGCUGAAGCCCUGUUUUGUCCCACCUUGCAUCCUGAACGCAGUAUGCUGUGUACUGGACAACUUACUUACUGCAGGUAGUUUCAAAAUGGGAGAGGGGAGCCCAUUGUCCACUGACGACAAGCAGGGAAAGUGGGGAUCAUGUGUAGUGUUCGACUACUUUGGCAGAGGUCUGUAGGUCAGCCCAUCACACAAGGAGGCGCUGAAAGCAGAAACACUGGGAAAUAAGACCUUGACUGGGGAGAGACAGGACCCUCUGGCAGGCAUGGGAAGGAGCCAGAUAUGGACUCUCCUUUGCAAUGACUUGACGGGGGAGUGGGUGUUCCUGGGGCCUCAUUAUGUUAGUUGGAGGUAAUGCUGCAUUCGUAUAGGAUAUUGGGAAAUUUGAGAGCAAGAAGCAUGCACUUCCAGGGAUGUGAGGAAAUAAGACCUCGCCAAUAAUAAGAGAAAGACGGCCGCUCAGUGAGCUUAGUCAUGGAGGGCAAAUAUAGCCUUGUGAUCAGCAGAACACAGGGGUUAAGCACUGGUGCCUUUGGUCCCUUCAAAGACAAGCCUGAGAAGAUAGUGGGGGUCCUUCGGUAGCCCUGCAGAUCAGUCCCCUAAGGGUGCAGAGGCAAGGUGUGAGUCAGAAGGCAUGUUGAGUUCCUUCCCUGCUUGUAACCAGAGCAUCAAAUCAGGCACUGGGAGGACAUGGAGGGAUACUGGAGGUGUCUGACUCUAAUGAAUUCUAAUCAGUAAUCAAGAGCUUAGAAUUAUCUAAUACGAUUAGAAAAACAUGCAGCGUAGCUGGAGAGUCAUCUUCCUUUUCCUCAUCCGUCAAUGACAUGGCUCUGUGAUGUCCACACCAAGUCAUCUGGUGUUGUAGACUUUUGCUAUUUACCUGGCGUUUCAAUCUCGUUGUCUUCAUUGUAAAUUUCCCCAGUGUUAACCAAUAUACCACUUGCUGGGACGAAUUCGGGAAACAGGAAAACUUCUCUGUAUGUGUAUAGACAUCAUUAGUGCUGGGUUUUUUGUUUUUCUUUCUUUCUUUUCUUUUCUUUUCUUUUUUAGAACUUUGCUGUUCGGCUUAAGAAUGUAGUUCCUGGAACAAUUUUUCUUACAAAGUUCUUUCCUUACACCUCUUGGCUGCAGGGUGGGCCAAAUUAAAUACAUAUCUUUUUUUUUUUCAUUUAACAUCUGUGCAGUUUGGUUUAUCAUCUUAAGAUGGUGGUGCUGUUUAUGGUGCUACUUCAUCUGUGUUCAAAAGGACCAAUGCAUGGUCUAUAUUGCUACCAAAACAUUUAUUGUAUAUAUGUGUAUAACAUAUGUAUUAUGUAUAUAUGUAAUGGGUACCAGGCCAGGUAUAUAUUUUUAUUUAGAUCCACUUUUUCCAAGUUUUCUUUAUAGUGUUAUGCUUAUUUUCAGUUUUUUUCUCCCCUCCUUGAUUCUGUCUGGUACUUAGAUCUGUAGUGUCUUCAUCGUUAAUUAAAGAAAACUGUCUAAAUGAUUUCACGGAUGUGAAUGCUAGUGCUCCUUCAUGGAUUUGCUUAUGGGACAUGAACCAGAAACUGCUGAUAAAAGUUUUCAGGGGCAUUUGAUUGGGUGAGAGCAGUGUAACACCUUGUAACGUACUUUAAUAAACAAUUUUGCAACAGA